GGUGACUGAGCUUCGGGCCGCGGAGACGGAGAGUGGAGGGAGAUUCAAAAUGGGGCGGACGCGACUAACACUGACAGGACAAUGACGCAGGGGGUGGAGCUCGGACGGGAUUGGCUGGCUCUGCAGAGGGAGCUACAUAACUCUCUGGAAGCCCAGAAGAGGCAGGCCGUGCUGGUGGAGAAACUACAAGCGAAGGUCAUCCAGUACAGGGAUCGCUACCAGGACCUACAGCAGAGCCUGGACCUGAGCCAGAGCCAUGAAGAAUUAGAGUUAGAAAAAGCUCUGCUGAGACUGGAGGACGAACAGCAAAGAUGUCAGAGUUUUGCCACUACGAAUGCACUGCUAAGAGAGGACCUGGAACAAACACAGCAAGCCAACACUUUGCUGGAGGAAGAUCUACAUAAGCUGACAGCAGAUUGGUCAGGAGCCAGACAAGAACUGGAGAGAAAGGAGAAAGAAUGGGAACUGGAAAAGGAGGUGUACACCAGCCGGAUACAAGGAGAGCACUCCCGCCUCCUGCGUCUGUGGACCGAGGUUGUCUCAUUUCAUCGUCUUUUUCGGGAACUGAAAACCGCAACAGAAAGAGAUUUAUCUGCCCUGCAUGCUGAUUGGACCAGAUGUUCUUGCCUUCUCCAAACUUCAUGUUCCUCCUUUAUCUCAUGGAGGUUGCAGAAGCCACACAGGGGGCCAGAACCGCCAAACUAUCUCUUAGUAAGAUGGAACCAUGGGGUGAAGUCAGUGGAGGAAUCAGAGCAAGAACCAAAGGAGCAAUCCAUAAGAUCAGAAAUGGAGCCAUCCCAACAUGAUAUGGACAGGUCACGCAUGGUGACGUUGGAAAUGGAGCUAACGUCGCUUAGAUCACAGCUCAAUACUGCAGAACAGGAAGCGAGUUUGCUGAGGUCACACCUGGAGACAUCAGGAGGGGACGUGAACUUGCUGAUAUCACAACUGGAGGCAUCAGGACAGGAAGUGUCCUUGCUGAAGACACAACUAGAGGCCACAGAACAGAAAUCGAGCUUCAUGAGGUCACAGUUCGAAAAAGGUUGCGAGGAAGCUAGCUUAAUGAGGGCACAGUUAGAAGUAGCAGAACAGGAUGCAAACACGAUGAGGUCGCAACUAGGGAGAACAGGACAGGAAUUGAACUUGUUGAGGGCAAACCUUGAAGAAGCAAAGCAGGAAGCAAGCUUACUUAGGUUGCAACUGGACAAAGCACAGGAAGCGGGAAAUUUAGAUUCAUUGAAGUCACAGUUGGAGCUUUCAAAGCUGGAAAGUAAAUCAUUAACAUCUCUUGCUGAAGCAUCAGAGCAAGAAGUAAAUUCAAUGAGGUCACGGCUGGAGUCGUCGUAUCAGGAAGUGAAUUUGCUGAAGUUAAAACUUGAGUCCUCUCUACAUGAAUUAGAGUCAAGCAGGCACCAUAGUGAUGAGCUGGAGCAGAAAUUGCUCUCCGUCAAGUCACAGUUGGAUGGCUGCUUUAAGGAGGUGGAGUCUCUAAGGUCAUGUCUGAAGGGGUGUGAGGCAGAGGAGAAGUCUCGCUUACAUCACAUGAAGCAAGAGCUGCAAGAAAGGCACCAACAAUUGCUUGACGCUGUUGUGUCAGAACGCUCAGAUCUUCACCAUGAUGUUGUGUUGCUACGUGAGGAACUGCUGCGCACUCGUCUGGAGUUUGACUUGUCCCGUGAUGAAAACUCUGGUCUACAGAAUGCUCUUCACAAGGCAGAGAAGAGGAUUGCUGAUCUACUUGUAGAGCAAAACCAUCAGAAGAAGGAUUUAGAAGAUCUUCAAGAUGCCGUGACUAAGAUGGGAGACCUAAAUCAAGCAUUGUCUUUGGAUAAAGUGGAACUGAACAGCCUGCUGCAGCAAAAGGAGAAAGAGACAGAGUCUAUUAGGGAGAUGCUGCAGGAUUUAGAGAGAGAGCUAAUCUCAGCCCGCCAGCACCUGCAGGGGUGCGAAACAGAACACGAGCAGCAGAGGACAGAGACAGCCAAGAGAAAGCUCCUACUGCAAAACAGCGAGAUGGCCAGAGAGACCCUGGAAGCAGAACUGAGAUACAUGCAGGCAGAGAGAGACAGACUUCAGGCUGAACUCAGACUGACGAGAAACAGCUUGGAGAUGGAGCAGGGCAGAUUGUAUCAGGAUGCCGAGACUCUGAAUCGGGAGAAGUCUACGCUUAGUCUGCAUUUGGAGGUUACAGCGAGAGAGAGUCACGACCUGAAGGAGAAACUCGGCGAUGUCCAGUCUGUGAAGGAGUCUCUUGAGAGUGCCCUCUUUACCGCACAGGAACUGAACUCUCAGUUGGAGAUUAAGUGCAGUCAGCUGGAGAUGGAGGUUGCAGUGGUCACUCAGUCCAAGAAGACAGUGCAAGAUGAAGCUACUCUGCUACAUGCUGAACAGGAGACAUCCCAGGAUAGAAUUCGUGUACUGUCCCAGAGACUGUCUGACCUGGAAGAGGAGUACCAGAUAGAGAAGGCCAAAGGAGAACAACUCAAAAUCAUGCAGAAAGAAUUGGAUACAGUAAAAAGACUUCUAGAAGAAGAAAGGUCAACGCGACAGACUGCCGAAGAACGAGUUCAGAAACUGGAAGAGGAGGGACGGGUGGCAGAACUUCUCCAGGCUAAGCUUGAAAGAGUGAAUGACUCCCUGAGACAGCUGGAGACUGAAUCUUCUGAGCUCAGAGAGACUCUUCAAAAGAUCCAGUGCGAUAAAGAAAACGCCUUGGAAACGUUGGAGCGCCAACAGCUACUCACGAACGAACUGGACCGUGAAAUGGAAAUUUUAAAACAGACUUUAAAAGAGUGUCAGGAAGAAAAAGAGAGCGCUCUGGCAACCUUGUCGGAUUAUGGUGUCCAACUAAAAGAGAGAGAUAAGCAAAUUAGGGAGCUUAGAGGAAAUAUCCAAGAGUGCAGUGAAGAGAAGGAGACUGCUUUGACAUCUGCAGCAGAACUCCGUGUGGUGGUGCAAGAAAGAGAUCGUGAAAUCAAGACACUGAAAGACACAGUGCUACUGUUCCAGCAGGAGAGAGAGACAGCUGCUAAUGACUUACAAGAGCAAAUCCAAAGUACUACAGAGACAGAAGAGCAAAUGUCUUUUCUAGCUAAAAGCCUGGAAGAGAGUGAAAGUUUGAAAGAGAGUGCCCUGAGAGCAGAAGAAAGAUGCCGUCUGCUUGUCACAGAGAGAGACCAACAAAUUCACACUUUGAAUGAGAAUCUUAGACUCUCUGAUGUAGAAAAGGAGAAACUUUUGCAGCAACUUUCUGCCGCAGCUUUAGAGUCAGUGCAGGAGCAUUCAGCACUACUAGAACGUCUCCGGCAAUGCCAAGUAGAACAGGAGGCCGUGGUUAAUGCUCUGCAGCAAACUUUAGGAGAGCGGGAUAAAGAAAUCAAAAAAUUAGAAGACAGCAUGAAAGAGAAACAAAUUGAAACAGCGAAGCUGACAGAGAAAUUAGCACAGCAAACUCUAUCUAUAGAAGAAAGGGACUCUCUGAUCGAGUCUCUACGAGUCAGACUUGUGGAGUGUGAAUCUGAGAAAGAUGAUCUGUCGCUUUCAAAAAGGCAAUGUGAGCAGAACCUGGCAUCAUUAAAGGAAACCCUUCAUGAGUGCUGUGAGGACAAGGAGAGGUACGUCUGCUUAGUGCAGUCCCAGAAUGAGAAGGUACAAGAAAGAAACAAUGAAAUAGAAAUUCUGAAAGGGACUGUCUUCUCUGCCCAAAAGGAAAAAGAAACUCUUCUCUGUGAUUUGAAGGCACGGGAGAGCUCCUUAAAAGAAAAAGACGCUGCUUAUGCAUCUCUACAAGAGACUCUGCAGGAGAGCCAGCAGACAAGGGAAGGUCUGGUGCAGACUAUUGAACAGCAAGAAAACAAUAUAAUGUCCUUGAAAGAGAACUUAGAGGAAAGCAAGAAAAAGUGGUCCAGUGCACAAACAACAAUUGUGAGCUUGGAAUCUCAAAUAGCGUCCAUACAGAGACAGACUAGGAUAGAGGAAGAGCGACUGAGAGAAAAAAUAAUGGAACACGUUCAAACCCUGAAAAAAAAAGAGGAGGAAAUUGAAGUGUUGGAGAAACAAACCCAGAGAGAUCGCAGGAGUCAAAAUGAUAAGCUGGAAGAGCUGUCACACACCGUCAAAGAGAAUGAAAUGGAGAUGCAAAAUCUUAAGAGAGAGAACAAAGAGUUGCAAAGCAGACUUUCUGAAGCUCUGGAAGAGAGAGAAAAAUUGGAAAAACGAAUGGGGAGUGACAUCAAGACUUUGAGAGACCAAGUGCAAGAACAUUUACAGUCAGUGUUGGAAAAGGAGGUUGAGUCAGAGGAAAAGAGGUUGCAAUUUGAAAAAGAAAGCAGGGCCAUGGCAGAAAAUAUCAAAGAACUUUUGCAGCUCCUAAAAGAAAAGGACAUUCAGGAACAACAGAAUGAGGAGUGUAUAGUAGACCUAAAGAGACAAAUACAAGACUUUCAGUGUGUUCUACAAGAGAAGGAGAGAGAGGCAGAAAAGGAGAAGAUCCAGAACAGUAACGACGUUAUGACACUAAAACAAAGAGUUGCAGAAUUUUCCCAAGUACUGACUGAGAGAGAGAUUCAAGGUGAAGAGAAACAAGGACACAUAAAUGCUCUGAAAAAGCGAAUAGAUAUACUUACCCAGGAGCUAGCCGAUAAGAACAGUGUUGCAUCAAAAGCAGAAGAGGAGAGGAAAGCAGUGCUGGAUUGGUUGAGUGAGCUUUCUCUGUCCUUUAUUGGGGACAUCUGGAAAGGACAAGAUCAAAGCCAAUCUCUAACAGAGCAAUUAGAAUUCGUUCAGAAAGUGCUGAAAGAAAAGGAAUGUCAAAGAGAAGAAGAGAAAAGGGAGAGAGACAAAUUGAUAAAAAGAGUUUCACAUUUGACUGAGGCUUUCAAAGACAAAAAACAAGAGUUGGAUGAGGCAGGAGCCAAGGUGAGAUCUUUCAAAGAAAAUAUAGAAGAACUUGUAUUAAAAGAAGAAGAGGUGAAACAUAUGGUAGUACAGAAUGAACAAGAAAAGUUAUCUUUAAAGCAAAGUGUGUCUCAGCUGUCCCAGGAAUUAACAGAUAAGGAAAAGGAGAUGCAAGUGAAAGAACUCGAUCUGAAAUAUCUGAGAGAAGAGAUGGCAGACCUUAGACAAACUUUGAUGAGCAGGGAUCUGGACACCAGCGAGAAGGAAAAAGUUAUGGAGGAAGACAAAACAGCUCUAACACAAAGAAUAUCGGAACUCUCUCAAGCUUUAAGGAAAAGAGAAAGAGAAUUAGAAGACAAAGAACUUGAGAAAGAAACUUUCAAAACUAAGGUAGCAAAACUUGGACAAGAGCUGCAAAACAAAGAGCAAGACAUGAAAGAGAAGGCAAGAGAAAAUGAACAAGAAAAGACAUUCUUGAGGCAAAGAAUCACAGACCUUUCACAGUCUAUCAAGGACGUGAAGCAAGAAGUGGAGAUUAAGAAUGUUGAGGUGGCCUUACUAAGAGAGAAGAUAGAAAAGCUUGAAGGAAAUGUCCUAGACCAAGAAAGGGAACUGGCAGAGAAGGACACCAAGAUGGCGGAAGAUCAAAAAUGUCAUAAACAGAGAUUUACAGAACUUCACCAGUCUUUAAUACAGAAGAAAAUAGAAGAAAAAGAGAAAGAAUUGAAGAUGAAAACAUUGAAAGAAAAGAUAGAAGAACUGAGGCAAGCUUUACUUGACAAGGAAAAGGAGGUUCAGGAAAAAGAGAGGCAAAGCGAAGAAGGAAAAAACACCCUGCACGAGAGAAUAACAGAACUUUCCCGGUCUCUAACGCAGAAGGAGAGAGAAGCAGAUGAAGUCAAGUUUGAAAUGAUGUCUCUAAGAGACAAGGUGGAAGAAUUCAGAUUAGUACUAGUAGAAAAAGAGCAAGAUAUAAACCAAGGGGAGGAAGAAAAGAGAACCCUGAAGAAAAGGAUAAGAGACAUUUCUCAGUCUCUCGCAGAAAAGGAGCAAGACACAGCAGAAACAAAACUGGAGGUACAAUAUGAGGAACAAAAGAGGGCUUUGCAGCAGAAAGCAAAAGACGUAACCCAGACUCUACUUAAGAAGGAGAGAGAAGCCAGUCAGCACGCACAAGAUAUGAAAUCUCUUAGAGAAGAGGUUGGAAAACUCAAAAAUAUCAUAGCAGAAAAAGAUCGAGUAUUAGAACAAGUGAAGAGACAGAAUGAAGGAGAUAAGAGGUCUCUGCAGCAGCGACUGAAUGACCUUUCUCGGGCUGUUUUUGAGAAGGAGCAAGUAGCUGAGGAUUCAAAACAUGAAAUAAAAGCCCUACAAGAUAACGUAGCAGAGCUUAAACUAUCCCUGUUCAGUAAAGAAAAACAGGAACUUGCAAAAGAAAGGGACAAUGAAGAGUUAAAGAGAGCAUGGAGUCAGAGAGUGAUGGAACUAUCACAUGCCUUACUGGAGAAAGAUGGACAAGCCGAUGAUGCUAAUAAGGAGAUGAAGUCCUUCAGAAAUAGAAUAGAGGAACUGAGACAAGCUCUGACAAAUAAAGAAAAGGAGAUUAAAGAGUUGUCAGGAAGGUGGGAACGUGAGAAUAAUUCGCUGAGGCACAAAGUAGCAGAACUUUCUCAGACCCUAAUAGAGAAAGACCGAGACUCCCAUAAGAUGAAGAAUGCAAUAAAAUCCAUGAAAGAGGCCGAUGAAAAAACUGGACAGGUUCUGAACGAUAGAGAACAGGAGCUCAAUGACAAAGAAAGAUUUACUGAGGAGGUAAAGACAGAACUCAGACGUGUACUAGCAGAACGUUCGCAGGCUCUUGCGGAAAAGGAGAAACAAACAGCAGUGAUGGAACAAGAGUUAAAAGUUAGGGGUGAGCAGAUUGAAGCUCUUAGACAGGUCUUGCUUAAUAAAGAUCAGGAAAUGAGCCUGAAAGAGACAAAGUAUGAAGAAGAAAGACUGUACCUGAGACAAAAAGUAGUAGAUCUUUCUCAGGCAAGGUCAGAAAAAGAGAGGCAGGCAGAGGUGACCAAUGCAAAGAAUAACUCCUUAAAAGAGGAGAUAAAAGAAUUACAACAAGUUCUCAUGUACAAAGAUCUAGAGAUGGAGCAGAAAGUGAGACAUGACGAGGAGGAGAACUAUCUCAGGAAAAGAAUAAUGGAACUUUCCCAAAUUCUAGAGGUAAAGGAAGGUGUGAUAAGAGAGGGCGACGUUAAAGACAGACAGGAGCAUGUUGCAGGAAAAAUAGAAAUAAACCCAGAAGAAUUAUUUUCAAGGGCAAGUCCUAACAGUGAAUGGAAAGCACCAGAACAUUUUGCAGGGACCAAACUAGAACAAGAACAAUUAGCGAGUGACAGAGGAACACAAUUUCUGGGUGGGAACAGAAAGGACUCGGACAACCAGCAUGGGGAAAUCAAAGAAGAAGGAAUGAAUACUCAGUACAAAAACGAGGAUAUAAGAAUACACGAGCUGAAAGAAGAAAUUAAAGCUCUUUAUCGUGAAAGAGAAGAAUCUAUCAAGAGAGAGUUGAUGCUGAGACAGAGGUUUGAAAAAACAAAAACUGCGCUAAGACAGAUGGAGGCUGAUGAAAUCUCUAGGAGGCAGAGUUCUCAGGAAAUGGAAGCUGGGAAGACCAAUAGGAAGAUAUUGACAACUGCAGACACAGAGCCUACAGCAGGUAGUGAAAGUCUGCAGAGGAGGCUGGAGGUCCUGCACGAAAUGGUGGCACGACUGGAGAAUGAUAAAAGCUCCCUGGAGACUCAUACUCGGAAGCUGAGUGAGACCCUACAGGAAGUUGAGAGUGAGCGGAGGAGUCUUCGGAGGGAGUUAAACAAGAUAAGCGGCCUGUCAUCUCAGUGCUCUAGAGACGAGACUCGAGAGGUCCAGGACAUCAGCGAUUCCUCCACAAACCAGCUGAGGGUGUCAGAGCUACAGAGGCAGGUCUCUCUACUGAAAUCUCAGCUUGAUGAAGAGCGCACUCACCGCUCGCGUUACAUUCAGCGCUGUUCGCGCACUACAGAUGACCUGAUGAACCUCCGAUACGAUCUUACUCACUCGCUGGCUGCAGUGACUUCUGAUACGCGACCUCAGGUACUAGAGAGAGAGACAAUUCGACUGGAUGACACGCUGAACCGCAGCCGCAGCCUCCCCAAUACCUGA